UCUCGCCCUCCCCGGGGACCCCGCAGGGCCGGACCAGCCCCGGUGAGUCCCACGCUCCUCUCCACCCCCCAUCUCCUCCUCAGGGGGGUCCCCGACCCCUCAGCACCCCCGCACGGCGCUGCCGGUCCUGCUUUUCCCCGCAGGCUCCGGGAGCGCGAGGCAGAGGGAGGCAGAGCCCGCCCUGGCAGCGCCCCGAGCCCGCCCGGAGCGAACAAGGAGCCGGGCGUCCCCCCGGCCCCCACGGCCGAUGACUCCUACGAGGAUGCCGAACCCCCCGGGCACGGCAGAAGCGGCGGUGGCGACAGCGACAGCAGCCACUACGAGUCGUACGGAGAGGAGGAAGAGGAGGAGGAGGAGGGGGUGACGGACCGGGCCCAUUACCUGCGCUGGCCGUCGGCCCCCAGCGCCGAGGCCGAGCCCCCCGGGCGCCCCGAGCCGCAGCUCUGCGGCUUCCUCUGGAGGAAGCGCUGGCUCGGCCAGUGGGCCAAGCAGCUCUUCAUCGUCCGGGAGCACGUGCUGCUGUGCUUCAGGUGCGCCGCUGACCUGCAGCCGGUGCUGGAGCUGGACCUGCGCGGCUGCCGCGUCACCUACAAGGACAAGCGGGGCAAGAAGAUGCCCCACGCCCUGAAGGUGACAGGGACGGCAGGAGAGGUGCUGGUCAUCGGCUUCCAGAGCCGGCAGCAGGCUGAGGACUGGAGGAAGGUGAUCGAGGAGGUGAGCAGCGAUGCCCCGAGCGGGCUGGCAGCCCUCAGUGUCCCUGCGUCACCUUCCUCGAGGCUCAGCAGGCCUGCCGCACCCCAGCUCGGCAAGGAGGAAGAGGAGGAUGAGAAUGGCUCCCGGCGGAGCCCUGCCCGCAGCCCGCGGCCCGGAGAGGACUCCAAAGGAGGGUUCCUGGCGGUGCGGCUGCGGGGCCGCUGGCAGCGCCUGUGGUGCGCGGUCCGGCACGGAGCCCUGCGCAUGUUCCCGGAGCCCGGCGCUGCCCAGCGCCCCGUGUGCGCCCUGCGCCUGGACGGCUGCGAGGUGUCCCCCGGGGCGGCCGCCGGCUCCCCACAAAACCUUCGGAUCCGCAUCGCCCAGCGCGGCCGGGAGCUCGCCCUGCUGCAGACCCGCUCGGACGAGGAAAGGGAAGCGUGGCUGAAGACCCUGCAGGCCAGGGGAGGAGUGGAGCCAAAGAAGGGUGACGGGCCCCCCCCGAGACCCCCCAGGCCGAGCAGCCGCCCCGCUGCCGGGGGGCUGCUGCUGCGCCGUGUCCCCACCCCCAACGCCUACAUGGACGAUCCCUUCGGGCAGCCCCCGCCAGCCGAGACCCCCAAACAUCUCUACUCCAACGCGGAGCGGCUGCAGCAGCUGCAGCAGAGCCUGGACCGGGCAGCGCAAGGGCAACGCCCGAGACCCGCGUCUGCCCUGCCCGCCUGUGCCAGCAGCCACGCCCCGGGCGGUGCCCGGCCCGCGCAGGCAGCAGCCCCAGCAGCUCUCCGGGCCAGGCCUGCCAGUGCCCAGCUGCCCCAGGACAGCCCCAGCCUGCAGAGCCGGGCUCUGUCCCGCUCCCAGCACACCCUGACGCUGCCCCAGAGGAAGGGCACGCGGGAAGGGCUCGAUGUCCUCGUCGGGAACAGAGCCUUUCCCAAGCUGGAGGAGAAGGUGGGGCAGCUGGAGAGGGGCGUGAAGGGCAGGCUGAGAGCCGGCUCCGAGAUGAACCUGCUGGCCCUCGGCAAGUCCCUGAAGGGUCACAUCGCUGCCACCGCCGGCUCGGCCGGCUCCGAUGUGGGGGACACCGUAGGAGGCGAGGGAUCGUUCCUCAGGCCGCUGCUGAAGCGAACCACGUCGGCCAGGAGCGCCCUGAGGCCGCCGCCGUCCCCGGUGGUGGCGGGGAAGGGAAAUGUGAUGCGGAAAACAAAGGAGUGGGAGAUGAAAUCUGCCAUGUGAGGACCACGGAGCCUCCCAGAGAACAUCGGGCUGCGCGUGGAUCGUGCAGGACCAGCCUGGGCUCAGCCUGGAAUUCCACUUUUAUCCACCAGUAUCAACACUACCACUACGCACAUCUAUUUUUAUAUCCAGAUAUAUCGAUAGUCACAUAUCAGCUCCCAGCUGGGGCUCUCCUGCCUCUCCCUGCUGCAUCCUCACCUCCUUUUUGGGGUGCACAACUCCAGACGCUGCUGGAUCUGUCCCCAGUGUGGGCCCACCCCAAUCUCCCCCCAGGACCCCGAAUUUCCAGGGAUGGGUGUGGAUAAACCCCGGGGGACACAGGUUUAUUUGGGAGGGAUCCGAUUGUCCAUUCCCUGGAGUCAGCGGGACCCGGGCUGGGCCCUGGGUGCUUUUCCAACAGCUGUGCUUGUCAGGGUUUGGUUUUAAUUGGAGAAAUGUUUUUGGGGGUUUUUUUAGAGAA